AUGAAGGUGGACAAGCUGGCCUUCAUUGUGGUGUCAUACAUGAUGGCAGGAAAACACACUUUUGCAGGUGCGGUGUCCAGCUGGAAGCGAUUUCCCAGAAGGCUCCUGCGCUGCAGCCUCGGCCAAUGUGCCAAGAAGAAUGGAGGCAAACUCGAUCCCUGUGGGCUCAUCAUACCAAAUGCAUGCAAGGUCAACAAUGGGAACUGUGAGCAGUUCUGCAAAGCUGAAGAUGAAGGAGUGGUGUGUUCCUGUGCUGCUGGCUAUGCCCUGGGCAAUGACAGCAAAACCUGCGUUCCUGUAGUCAAGUUCCCAUGCGGUAAGCUUCAGAGAAGUCACAAAGCCGGUCAAGAGAAAGUCACAGGAACCACAGCAAGUCCAGAUGCUCAUCCUGAAAAUGAGGGAACAACUGAGGCCCUGAGCAGCCAUCCAGAGGUCACCGGGGAGGCUGGCGGCUUACCCAGUGUGUCCCCAUGGCAGGCUGUUCUGUAUGUCGAUGAGUAUGAUGAAUGGCAUUGUGGGGGCACAAUUCUGAAUGAGUAUUUUAUACUUUCUGCAGCUCAUUGCGUUAACCACUCUAAAGACUUCUCGGUUAUCGUUGGGAUGGUGGACAAAGAAAAGGCAGAACCAAGUAGAGCAACGCACAGAGUGGAAAAAAUAAUUGCACAUGCUCAAUAUGAUAUGUCAACUUUUGACAGCGACAUAGCCCUUCUCAAAUUAGAGGAACCUAUCACAUUCUCUGAGGAUGUUGUCCCAGCGUGCCUUCCAGAAGAAGACUUUGCUGACUACAUUCUGAUGAAACAAACAUUUGGAAUUGUCAGUGGCUUUGGGAACACAUUUGAACGAGCACCACUGGUCAGAAGAAUGAAAGUGCUUCAAAUCCCUUACGUGGACGAGAACACUUGCAAGCUCGCCCUUAAUAAGCCGGUCACAAAAAACAUGUUCUGUGCUGGUUAUGAUAAAGAUGGAAGAGAUGUCUGCCAAGGAGAUGGAGGAGGUCCCCAUGUAACCGAAUACAAUGGCACUUAUUUUGUUACUGGUGUCACCAGCUGGGGAGAAGGGUGUGGAAGGCCAGGGAAAUAUGGAGUAUAUACCAGGUUGUCAAAGUUCCUACCCUGGGUAAGAAGUGUUUUGACAGAAAACUCUUAA